AUGUCUGAUAAACAAAUAAAUCAAUUCAAAUCAAUGAAUAUCAAUUUCAGAGAUAAAUUACGUGAAGCUUAUUUAAACAAUAAACAUGAAUUUGAUGAUCAAGAUAAUAGAAUCAUCCAACCAUUAUUAAAUGAUGUAUUAUAUUCCAAUGGUAGUACUAAUAAUAAUUUACGGGAAUCAAUAAAGAAAAAAUGGGAUGGAUUAAGUAAAGAUAUAAAUGAUAUUAAUAAUAGUCAAUUUGAUAUUCCUUCAGGAAACAAUGCGCUGGUGGUGAAAGAUAAAAGUGACAAUGAUCAACAAUUGAAUAGAGAAGAAGAAUUAGGAGGUGGAUUGAAUGGGAAAUAUAAAAAUGGUGAUAUUCAACCUCAAAAUAAGGCAACAACUAUUAAUACGAAUAAUAUCAAGUCAAGAAUUCCAAUGAUACCUAAUGAUAAUAAAUCACAGGUAAGAUUUCAACAACCGUUGAAUAAUGAUGAAGAAAUAAAUCAAUUAAAAAAAACUAUUGAAUCAUUAAAUAAUAAAAUCAAACAUCAAAUCAUUGAAAAGAAAGAUAUAAUUGAGGAAUUUCAAACUAAAGAAAUUCGUAUGAUGAAAAAUAAUCAAAAUGAAAUUAAUAAAUUGAUUAAAAAAUAUGAAAUUAAAUUGAAAAAUCAACAACAACAACAACAACAAGACAAACAAACAACCAAUGAUAAUGGUGGUGUUAUUAUUGACCAAUUAGGAAUACAAAUUGAUAAAUUAAAUAAUGAAAUUGAUAAUAAAAAUUUACAAAUAAUACAAUUAACUAAUCAGGUUUCUAAUUUGAAAGAUGAAAAUUUCAAUUUAAAACGAGAGAAUAAUCGAUUAAAACAUAGCAAUGAAUCGCCAUCUAAAGAAACUAACCCAUCAGAUAAUUCUGAAAGUCAAGAAUUAAGAAAAUUGAUUGAUAAUUUGACUAAAGAGAAUAUUGAAUUACGAUCACAAUAUAAUCAAUUGAAAAAUAAUAGUGCUAGUAAUAGUUUCCAAUAUGGUAGUGUCCAAGGUGAUGAUAGUGAUGAUGAAGAACAAGAAGAUCAAGAAGAAGUAAAUGGGAUUAUAUCUCGAUAUAAGGAAGAAGAUGAUGUUAUAGAUAGGGUUGCAAAAUCAAAUAAUGGAUUAGAAUAUGAUACUCAACGGAUAUUGAAGAAAGAAUAUGGUAAAAAUCCGAGGAUUCCGUCGCCAUCAUUAUCGCCACCAAAACUACAAGCUAAGAUUGAUGAUGAUAGCACUACUAGUAAGGGUAUGGGAACUGCGGCCAACGAGGCAAAGUUUGAAUCGGAGUUAGAUUCAGUGACCACAGAUUUAUUGAAAGUUAAAAAAGAAGAAGAAAUAGAUACAACUCAACAAAUGCUACGCAAACAUUGGCACUGA